GUCGCAGCUGCCACCGCGGGUGUUCCAAAGGCUCCGGCAAAGAUCUGCGCCUCCCGGGUCUCCCCACCCGACAACCUGAUUGCACCGAAUCGCUACCGCUGGCCCCCGUCAGACUUCGCCUGGCAGUCGGCUUCAUCGAACUUGAUUUCUCACCUCCUGAGCCCCAUCACCUCCAUCCUCAUUCCCCCGUCUCGCCUCCACCCCCCCCAAUUUCCUCCUCCUCGCCCCUCAUUUCCACCCUCCUCCCCCUCCCCCGGCCACUUCGCUAACUUGUGGCUGUUGUGAUGCGUAUUCCCGUAGAUCCGAGCACCAGCCGGCGCUUCAGCCCCCCCUCCAGCAGCCUGCAGCCCGGCAAGAUGAGCGACGUGAGCCCGGUGGUGGCUGCGCAGCAGCAGCAACAGCAGCAACAGCAGCAGCAGCAGCAGCAGCAACAGCAGCAGCAGCAGGAGGCGGCGGCGGCGGCGGCGGCAGCGGCGGCGGCGGCGGCGGCGGCGGUGCCCCGGUUGCGGCCGCCGCACGACAACCGCACCAUGGUGGAGAUCAUAGCUGACCUCCCGGCCGAGCUUGUCCGCACCGACAGCCCCAACUUCCUGUGCUCCGUGCUGCCCUCGCACUGGCGCUGCAACAAGACCCUGCCCGUGGCCUUCAAGGUGGUAGCCCUUGGAGAGGUACCAGAUGGGACUGUGGUUACUGUCAUGGCGGGUAACGAUGAAAAUUAUUCUGCUGAGCUCCGAAAUGCCUCUGCUGUUAUGAAAAACCAAGUAGCAAGGUUCAACGAUCUGAGAUUUGUGGGCCGGAGUGGACGAGGCAAGAGUUUCACCUUGACCAUAACUGUCUUCACCAACCCUCCCCAAGUAGCCACCUAUCACAGAGCUAUUAAAGUGACAGUGGACGGGCCCCGGGAACCCAGAAGGCACAGACAGAAGCUUGAUGACUCUAAACCUAGUUUGUUCUCUGACCGCCUCAGUGAUUUAGGGCGCAUUCCUCAUCCCAGUAUGAGAGUAGGUGUCCCGCCUCAGAACCCACGGCCCUCCCUGAACUCUGCACCAAGUCCUUUUAAUCCACAAGGACAGAGUCAGAUUACAGACCCCAGGCAGGCACAGUCUUCCCCACCGUGGUCCUAUGACCAGUCUUACCCCUCCUACCUGAGCCAGAUGACUUCCCCGUCCAUUCACUCCACCACCCCGCUGUCUUCCACACGGGGCACCGGGCUCCCUGCCAUCACCGACGUGCCCAGGCGUAUUUCAGAUGAUGACACUGCCACCUCUGACUUCUGCCUCUGGCCUUCCCCUCUCAGUAAGAAGAGCCAGGCAGGUGCUUCAGAACUGGGCCCUUUUUCAGACCCCAGGCAGUUCCCAAGCAUUUCAUCCCUCACUGAGAGCCGCUUCUCCAACCCACGAAUGCACUAUCCAGCCACCUUUACUUACACCCCGCCAGUCACCUCAGGCAUGUCCCUCGAGAGGUGGACUCCAGGUUCAGGAGGAAGAAGAGCAAAGCGCUUCCUCUCUGCUCAAACCACACGUCCUCACGGGUGCAGCCGCGUGAGGCCCGUGCACCUGCAGACCCGCUGGCAGAGCCAGUCGUGGUGCACGCAAAGGGAAGGAGGCAGCGUGGAUGCUUCCGUGGCAGUGUAACUGUUCCCAACCUGGCCUUCAGACUUGCUGCAAGUACCCCUUUGAACUGGUCGGUUCGGUUUUUUUUUUUUUCUUUUCUUUUUUCCUACUUUAAGAAAGUGACUUCAAAAAUACUGAUCAGGAAAGGUUAUUUUGUUUUACUUUUUUGGUACUUUUUCCUCCCCUUUUCCCAUUUAACCAAAAAGAAAUACCAUCCUGAAACCCCCUCUCCUCCUUUUAUGCAAAACUGAAAAUGGCAAUACCUUAUUAUAGCCAUAAUGAUAUAGAUAGUGUUUGUGUUGGCUGUGUGUUAUUGUUUGUUUUUUUUUUUAAAUUAUGAAUAUGUGUAAAAUCUGAGGUAACUUGCUAAGUGAAUGGUCAUAUAACUUUAAAGAUAUAUUUAUAAUUAUUUAAUGACAUUUGGACCCUUGAAACAUUUCUUAGUGUAUUGAUGUGUUGACUUCGGUCUCUAAAAGUGCUCUUUAUUAAAUAACAAAUUUCUUCGGGGCUAGAGCCAUACCUGAAAUAUUGCUAAGCAAUUUCAGUUCAUCCGGGCACAAUGUGAUUUUUAAAAAUACUUCCAUCUCCAAAUAUUUUAGAUGUAGCUUGUUUUUGUGAUGUAUGAAGGAAAUGUUCUGUUUAGUUCUUUCAGAUCUUUGAUUGCCUCUAACACAGCUUUGCCUUUUAAAGCAAUAAUUAGGGAUUUUAAAUGACAACUCUUAGCCCUUUAUCACUUAGGUUGCCCUUUAUCAGCAUGAAAUGCUGGAGUGAUGUGGUUUUCUCAUUUAUUACAAAUAGCGAUGACUCUUGUCAUAUUAAAAAAAAAAAAAAAGACAAGCACAAGAGAGUCCUUGAACUGCAGAAAACGUUCUGUGGUUUCCUAGCAGAAUCUAACUCGCCAGUCUGCAUAGUGAAGACACAGUGCGCCUACAGCCAUACCUGCGGCUAAGGGAGCAGUAAUGAUACACACAGCACGGGAACGCAGAGCUGCGCCAGCGCUUCCCAGCGCACCCGCCUUACCAAGCAGUAGGUCAGGGGAGCCCCUGGCACCUCUCCACAGAAUUUGCAUUUAAAGGAGCAGACCUAAGCCAUUGCCUUAUGGGAGCAGGGUCCUCUGAAGCAGUAGGCCAGUUCCAGCACAGGGCCGAUCUGAGAGAACAUACCAGCCUUCACAGGGCCCACAUACAAUCUCCGACAUUCGGAUGUCUCACAGUGGAGGGUAAAGGGUAGGCAAAACUAUGUGGCGUCUGGUGUCUACUACUGUCUGUGAACUUGAGCAAAAGCCCUCCUGUAGGAUGCACUUUGACCUCUCCUGGCGGCCACGUGGCGAAUUCUCAAGUGUGAAUCCUUAAUAAUCCAAGCCAGGACCAUGUCAUGACACCACCAGGCCCAUCCCCGCCCUCCUCCCCGACAGGGCAGGGCCCCUUCGUUUGAAUUCUGUGCCCCUGUUGGCAGAACUGGGUAGAGGUUUGCCUCCAGCCCCCAGCGGCCCCUGGCUGUCUCUAGUGACUCUCAGGCCCACCUUUCUAAGCCGCCCAGUGUUGCAGGACAGCUUGCCGGGCUGUGGGACCUGUGCCUCGCGCCUGGGAGUCCCCCUUGGAAUUCAUCCCCAUUCCUUCUAAUAAGAAUUGAAGGGAAACCAAACCAAAACAAAACACGUUGCCUUCUAAAGGUUGUAUACCAAGUAUGCUUAGAUCAAGAAGCCACUUCUCUAUUACUUAAGGAAGAUGGAAGUAGUCACUGAUACUAUUUAUUGUUUGUGUGUGGUAGCUUGAAGCACGCCACUGUCCAUUUAUUUGUAAGUGUAAAAUGUGUGUGUUUGUUUCAGCAGCACUUAAAGAAGCCAGUGUCUGGUUACACAUUUCAACUUAAAUUAAUUGACAUAAAAAUGUUACCGCCAGUGCCAGCUGUACCCUAUUUAAUAAGAAAAAAAGGUACUAUAUUUGUACGUCAGUUUCUAAUGUAAAAAGGGCUUUUUUAAGUUUACAGUACACAUACCAAGUGACCUUAGGGAUGCUUUUGUGUUGAAAUGCUGUUAUAGUGGCUGCAGGCAGCAACCCAGGAACACUUAAACUUUUUUUUUUCUUCCAUGGGAAACAUUCAAGCACGUCAUCCUUCCACCCUCACUCCAACCACUCCAAUAGGGUAAUUCACAUUUUUAGAUCAAAUUCUGCCCUUUUUUUUGGCCUGGGGGUUAAAUUUUUAUUUUACUUUUUUUUUUUUUUUUUUUUUUUUAAUGAACCCUUCAUUUGCACUGGGUCACAAGUAUGAUUUGUGAUUCAAAACCAAAGCACAGCCUUACCGCUGCUCUGGCACCACGCACGAGCCAACACUCUGUUUCCUUCGGGUUGAAAGAGCACACAGGUUGCUGGCGUUCGCAGCGUGGCCCACAGCCGCUCCUCUGUCCCAGGGUUUCCCCCAGUGUAACCUGUCAGAGCUCCAGAGCGGGCACCACAGCCUUGGCUUUAGAUUGUGAAAUCACAUCCAGCCUGGAACUGGGAGACGCGGCAGAUUAGCUAUUGUUUGCUCUUCAGACUGUCUUACCCCCGCCGGAGCCUUUCAAAAAUGAGCAGAGAAAUCCCACGAUCAGGGACCAGCCACUGCAAAUUCAGAGGGGAGAAGGGUUUUGCUUGCUGGCUUAGAGAGCUCCCUCCAUUCCCAGGAAAGGGACUGACUCAGAGUCCAGGGUAAUACAUGGGAACACAAAGCUUUAGCAAAAAUAUCGAUGAUAUCCGAAAGAACGAGGACAAAUAAAAUAAAGGACGGCUCUUCCAAACCUUGAUUUGUUAUUCUUAAAAAAAAGAUAAUGCCUUUAAAAAAUAUUUUCUAUGUGAGGAUUUUUUAGAUGUUUGUUUACUUCAUGUUUACAAAUAACUGUUUGCUUAUUACUGCAGUACUUUGAACUAUAUCAGCAAAAACCAUAACUUACAGUAAUUUCUUAGGUAUUCUGAAUAAAAUUCCAUUUUUUUUUGGAUAUGCUUUACCAUUCUUAGAUUUCUGUGGAACAAAAAUAUGUGUAGCAUUUUGUGUAAAUACAAGCUUUUCAUUUUUAUUUUUUUUCCAAUCGCUAUUGCCCAAGAUUUGCUUCCCAUGCACAUAUUGUACAAAUUCUGCUUUGUGCCACAGGUCACGAUUGUGGACGAGUUUACUCUGAACUUCAAAGGGACUAUUUGUAUUGUAUGUUGCAACUGUAAAUUGAAUUAUUUGGCAUUUUUCUCAUGAUUGUAAUAUUAAUUUGAAGUUUGAAUUUAAUUUUCAAUAAAAUGGCUUUUUUUGGUUUUGU